GGCUGCGUAUGACAUCUGACCGUCAAGAACGGACGACAAUGACACCCACCACUUCUGCUGAGUUGUUCAUGCAGCCCCUGCCUUUUUUCGAAAUGACGGAUUCAUCCACCGAGUCCAUCGACCUUCUUCGCCAGCAUUUGAUGGCAAGGGCAAUGGAAGCAGACGAACUGCCUGUUACGCAGUCUCCUAUCACCGGACAUAGCACAGGAGGUGUUGGUGGCGGUUCACCGACUGCUUUUUUUAGAUCCACUGGUGGUAGGACGGGUUCAUUUCUACCAAGGCGCGCUGCUGCGAACAGCCGAACAGACACAACAGGAGGUGCCGGCUGGAGGGAAUCGGGGGUAGGAUAUGGACAGACCGAAGGCGCAACAUACGUGUGGCAUGGGGGGGCGGAGCGGCGUCCCUCGCCAGUGGGAGCGCUGGUAUCCCGGUGGUCAGGACGUGGCAAAGGGUUGACCACAUCUUGCAGGCCUGUAUUUAUGCCUUCUCCUUCUAUAAGAUGUGGUGCCCUCCUUCACUUCUCUGUGGACGUGUGUUCCACGCCACCUUUCACGACACCCCUUGGGUUCGCAACGGCUGUAGAACGGCCGGGUUGUGCAGGGACGGCGUUGCCGCGCACUGAGAACGCGACUUUCGGAAAAGAUGGAGCCUUUGCUGCAUUUAAUCCCUGCAAUACUCUGUCGAACAAUGCACAUGACACAAGUUUAGAGGACACUGCCAGCUGCGGCGGUGCGGCCGUCCGUGUGACGGACAUUGUGACCGUCGACCUCGGUGACGAGGGGGGUAGGCCGGGUGGGGGAGGCGGUGACGAUGCAGGCGGUCAGCGUGUGUUUGGAGGAGGUCCAAACGCCGGAGCGGGGUCAGCAGGGAAGGACACAUUGGCAGGCAGCCAAGGGACAGCGGUUGAUAUGCAGUGGACUGCAUUUCAGUCUCAAGCGCCUUCUGUAGAUGCUUGUGCGGGGAUGGCGGAUAACGGAUCAAGCGGCGAGCCCGCUUGUAAUGUGGAUAUGUAUAUGCAUGUCGACGUGCAGUGCGCAGAUGAGACGCUGUCUGGAGACACGGUUCGGGUGCACCAGGUGAAUAUGCAUGUCGAUGUGCAGUGCGCAGACGAGACGUUGUCUGGAGACAUGGUUCGGGUGCACCAGGCGAAUGGAGACUGUGAUGCCACCGGCGCUUGCGCUGCCAAUGCUGCAGGGUCACGGCCUGAAGAUGGUGGAGAACCCGUAGAUGUCCAUUGCAUGCCGGAGGGAUGUUAUGGCAGCAACGAACCGCAAUCGUCGCAAGGUGAGACCACUCGGUUGGGGGAUGAUGGUUCCCAGGGCGCGGCACCGGCCCGCCCACGAGGAUCGUGGGCCCACCUUGACACCAUGGCACUAAUACGUGCCAAAGGCAACCGAUACGUCGCACGUGUCGUGAAUUCGGAGGAUAUGGGGAACGGUCGGACAUCGAAGAAAACAUGGGAGGAGAUUGCGAGUGCGUUGACCGCUGGAGGGUUCGCACACACGUGGCUCGAAUGCAGGACCAGGUGGCGGACCAUUUGGUCCACGUACAGACAAGUUACAGCCCUUCACAGAGGAAGCGGGGUUCAGAGCUACUGGAGGAUGGCCGCAGCUAAGCGGGUGGAGAAGGGGUUCAAUUUCAUCCUUUUGAAGGAAUGUUUUGACCUGCUGGAGGUCUUCUUUUGGGAUGACCCUUCUGUGCAUCCACGUGAUUGUGAAGACCCGGGCACCAGAUUCGAGGAGUGUCGGCCACCCCCGGCAGGUGGUGCGCCGGGCGGAGGUGCCGCCGCACCGGGGAGUGGUCCCCGUGAGGGAGCUGCGGUAGUCGCUUCAGACGGUGCGGCUGCAGAGGGAGCGCAUGACAGUGAUCCCUCCCCCUCGUACAAGAAGUCCCGCACCCCCCAGAAUGCACGAGACAAGUCGUUUAAAGAGUUGGGAUGUUGGAUGCGGGAACAAACAGGUGCCUUGAAGCACCACACAGACGCGACCCUACAGUGUGCUCAGCUGACUGUCUCCGCGAUUGAUCGGCAAUCGUCUAUUGCUGCUGCCGUGCAAUGAGAUUGUGCAGAGCUUAUUUCCCAGAAGAUGGAAUACGGGUGGAAAGUCAUCGCCGACCUUGUUCGGGAAUCU